AUGUCUGAAAAUCAACGUUUAGGAUUAUCAGAGGAAGAGGUAGAAGCGGCUGAAGUACUUGGGGUGUUGAAACAAUCAUGCAGACAGAAGUCGCAGCCUUCAGAGGACGUCUCACAAGCUGACAAAAUGCCGGCAAGUGAGUCGUCUACGACGCCGCUAAACAUUUUGGAUCGCGUAAGUAACAAAAUUAUCAGUAACGUAGUGACAUUCUACGAUGAAAUAAACACCAACAAGAGGCCACUGAAAUCAAUAGGGAGGCUGCUAGACGAUGACGAUGACGAGCAUGAUGAUUACGACUACAACGACGAUGAGUUCUUCACCAACAAGAGACAGAAGCUGUCGCGGGCGAUUGCCAAGGGGAAGGACAACUUGAAAGAGUACAAGCUGAACAUGUCCAUCGAGUCUAAGAAGAGGCUUGUAACGUGCUUGCAUCUUUUAAAGCUGGCCAAUAAGCAGCUUUCCGAUAAAAUCUCGUGUUUACAGGACCUUGUUGAAAAGGAGCAGGUGCAUCCUUUGCACAAGCAAGAUGGAAAUGCUAGGACGACCACUGGAGCUGGCGAGGACGAGACAUCGUCAGACGAAGACGACGACGAUGAGGAGUUUUUUGAUGCCUCAGAGCAGGUCAACGCCAGCGAGCAGUCUAUUGUGGUGAAAAUGGAGGUGGUCGGCACAGUCAAGAAAGUCUACUCGCUGAUAUCGAAGUUCACAGCAAAUUCGCUGCCGGAGCCCGCAAGAUCUCAGGUUCGGGAAAGUCUUCUAAACUUACCCACAAAUUGGUUCGACAGCGUCCACAGUACAUCACUGCCGCAUCAUGCUUCGUUUCAUUAUGCCAACUGUGAAGAACAAAAAGUGGAGCAACAGCAACAGCAACAGCAACAGCAGCAGCAGCAGCAACUUUUGCAGCAGCAACUCCUGCAACAGCAACAGCAAAAAAGGAACAAGGAUGGCGACGACUCAGCCUCGCCGUCCUCCUCCGUAACUGCGAAUGGGAAAGUACUCAUUCUCGCCAAAGAAUCCCUGGAAAUGGUGAGAAAUGUCAUGGGCGUAGUCGACUCCACGUUGGGCAAGGCUGAAGAAUGGGUGAAGCAGAAACAGGAGGUAAAAGAAAUGAUCAGGGAGCGUUUCUUGCAACAGCAGCAACAGUACAGGCAGCAACAGCAGAAGGAUGGCAAUUACGUAAAGCCCUCUCAGGACAACGUGGAUAGCAAGGACUAA